AUGACCCAGAUGCUCUGCUCUCUGCUGCUUGUGCUAAUCGUACCUAUUGUCCUCGAAUGUUCGCGACAGAAUAAAGCUAAUAAUUAUGGCCUUGGACCAAUCAGCAACCUCUCAAUGUUGGAAAAACACAACUUAGUUCGGCGUAUGAUUGCACAAGGGGAAAUCAAAGGCCAGCCUCAAGCAGAGUCUAUGCCUGAACUGCACUGGAGCGUCCGUUUGGAGGAGGAAGCCAAACAUUGGGCCUGGCAUUGCGUUGAUAUGAAAGAACCGGAUAGUGAAUCUGGAGAGACUCGCGGCUAUUCAGAAGAAGAAGAUUAUGAUAUAUUUGUGGACUGGUUUGGUGAACACAAAAACUACACCUACGGGCUUUUUCCAAAAAGUAGAAAAAGAAGCAUUACUCGUUACACCCAAGCGCAGUCCCCGGGUUUCUGUCAACCUUAUGUUCCACUUGAAACCAAAUUGCACGAAAUUAGCGGAUAUACGCUCAUUUGCAAACUAAUUUGGUUUCUCGAGAGACUCACCUGGAACCCAGCUGAAUCUCUCGUUUGUGAAUAUCUCGCUUGUGUAAACAUCACAAACGAGAGAUUCAAAUGGCUUGUUUGGGCAGAAACGGAGGAAGUUGGUUGUAGCACUUACUUCUGCUACAGUUUCCAAACGGCUGACGGGAGCUAUCUGCAAGACGUCGAUUAUACAGCGCAGUCCCCGGGUUUCUGUCAACCUUAUGUUCCACUUGAAACCAAAUUGCACGAAAUUAGCGGAUAUACGCUCAUUUGCAAACUAAUUUGGUUUCUCGAGAGACUCACCUGGAACCCAGCUGAAUCUCUCGUUUGUGAAUAUCUCGCUUGUGUAAACAUCACAAACGAGAGAUUCAACUGGGUUCCAGACCCAGACCCUGAGCAUAUCAAAGAAGUUUGUUUACUGUGUGGUUCACUGCCGCUACAAAUAGAUAAUGCUGCAUCAUCCCAAAAAUUGCCUCCACUUGUUUGGGCAGAAACGGAGGAAGUUGGUUGUAGCACUUACUUCUGCUACAGUUUCCAAACGGCUGACGGGAGCUAUCUGCAAGACGUCGAUUAUACAGUGUGUAAAUAUUCGCCAGCAUUGUGGGUCUGUUCGCCGAGCUUGGCCGUUGGUUUGCAAACGUUUCAUCACCAAUCGAGUGGGUUGAGUGACCCAUUCGACCCUGCACUGACGAUGUCACCCCGAUUUGUGACGAAACGUUUGCAAUCCAACUGCCAACCUCGUCAAGCACACCAACAAUCAAGCAGCGCACCCGAGCUACCUACAUACCACAUUCCUGGAGGACUUCUAGGAGGUUGUGGAGGCUGCUGGACUGGAUACCGACCUCGAGGCUGGGCAAAGGCAGCCCAGGAUGCGGCCAGACGAAGCCCUCGGAAGAUGGACGGGGCCGCCGCGAUUGAAACCUUUGCAGCGGAGUUCGACACUCAGGCCGACCGACAGGAGGCUAUGAGGCGGUUCAAAACGGCAAAGAUAUCACCUAUAUCUGACACCACACGUGUAGCAGUCGUUGGAUCGCGCUUUGCCGGGACUGGAUCGAGGUCGCGUCACCAGUUGCUAUCUGACCAGUUCGUUGGAGGAGUGCAGCCACUGCUUGGCACUCAGUUGCGGUUGGCGAAAGCGACUGGCCAGUUAUGUUUGGAGGAACUGACGCAUCUGGCAGGGAAAGUGGCUGAGGGACCACUAACCAUGUUUCAGCCUCAGGAGGACAGGGAUGUGGACGAACUGCAGACCAGAGUAAACCGACUCGCCGAACGGCUUGCAGCCAUGAAGACAGAAUCGCGGAGGUGCACUCGAACGAGCCGAUCCUGCAAGUGCGGCAGGCCUGGCCAUUGGAAGAAUCAGUGCCCUCGUACCCUCGUAAUAAAUAUCUUGAUUACCUCCCUGUUCCCGGGAUUAGGGCCAUCGCUGUCGCGGAGAGAGAAUCAAGCUGAAUACAGACCAUGCGCACUACCUGUGAGAGUUGUGGGUGGAUAUCGACUGAAGAUUGACGGAUCGCCAAUGCACUCGAUGCGCCUGGGCGACAACUUCGUGCAGCACGCGCGGUUGGCUUAA